GCCUAAAAGUAGUUGCAACGUAACGCCUAAACAAAAUUCGAAUUUCCAUUCCCUUCAUCGUUUCCGAAAUUGGUCAUCGAAAAACCCUAAGCUAAGGAUGGGGAACACGGAGAAGCUGAUGAAUCAGAUCAUGGAAUUGAAAUUCACAUCGAAGUCGCUGCAGCGCCAAUCGCGGAAGUGCGAGAAGGAGGAGAAAGCGGAGAAGCUGAAGGUGAAGAAGGCGAUCGAGAAAGGCAAUAUGGACGGCGCACGGAUCUACGCGGAGAACGCCAUCCGGAAGCGCACGGAGCAGAUGAACUACCUCCGCCUGGCCUCCCGCCUCGACGCGGUGGUGGCGCGCCUCGACACGCAGGCCAAGAUGACCACAAUCAGCAAGUCCAUGGGCAACAUCGUGAAAUCGCUCGAGUCCUCUCUCGCCACCGGCAACCUCCAGAAGAUGUCUGAGACCAUGGACCAGUUCGAGAAGCAGUUCGUCAACAUGGAGGUCCAGGCCGAGUUCAUGGAGACCGCCAUGGCCGGAUCCACCUCCCUCUCCACCCCCGAGGGCGAGGUCAACAGCCUCAUGCAGCAGGUCGCCGACGACUACGGCCUCGAGGUCUCCGUCGGCCUCCCUCAGCCCGCCGCCCACGCCGUUCCGGCCAAGGAGGCUGACAAGGUCGACGAGGAUGACUUGUCUCGCCGCCUCGCCGAACUCAAGGCUAGAGGUUAAUUAAUUAAUUAAUUAAUAAUAAUGCUAUCACUUUGCAUGCACUGUUACUCUAUCUUAUUACAUAUCUUUCUGUAUAUUUAACUGAAUUCGGUUGGCUGGCUCUAAGAGUAAUAGAUAUUGUUGUGUGGACAUGGCUUUCAGGGGUUUCUGUUAUGCCCUCGUGUGAAUACUAAAUACUAUGCUUAUAUUUGCCUUUUCAUAUUUUUGUAUUUUGGAUUA